UGUAUGCAACUUUGAUGGGGUGUAUGGAUGAGACACUUGAAGGCAUAUUCGCGGCCCUUCAUGACAUUCAAUGAAAUGGACUUAUUCAUGUAUUCGAUUUGCUUCAGCCUUUUUCUCAGGCUUGCCGGUUUGAAGUAUUUGACAAGUCAUGUGCAGGCGCGCAUCUCUCUUGACGAUUUCUCUGUGCUCUCAGACUCUUCCCGGUCUCCAGCGCAUCGCUCUAUGUCCAACCGUCGGUCCACCUCGUGCCACAGUGCUCUUGCUUUCAAACUUCGGCUUAGGAGCAUGACCAUUCUAACUAACUUGAAGAACCAGCGCAGGAUGCUUACCGCGGAGAUUUCAGUUAUGAGAAACUCUUCAAAUGAUGGUAUCUGCCUGACACCAUCCCUCACGUGCGGCCUCGCAAAACUCCUCACGAUUUGAUUCUGCUCAAUAGACGGGCACGGAAAGACAACGUUGCUACGAGGCAACCGAAGCAGAAGGAGGAGGACACCAAAGCACUUGUACCGGUCGGCAGUCUGAUGUUUGUCGAGAUUGAGAGGUAGAUAGACGUGAUCAUCUUCCGAGCGUGCCUGGCGCAGAGUGUCUACGAGGCUCGCAGGACGGUGGUACACGGAAAUGUGUUGCUGAAUGGCAAGGAGGAACUCAGGUGGCUCCUGGCGGUAUGGUAUCUGUGGGUCCAGCAGCGAUUUGCUUCACUCAACCGAAAGCGGAACCCAAGGUCGAGACUGAGGUCGAGACGAAGUCAGAGGAGGUUGAAGUUGUGGAGUCCGAAUCAAGUGCCCUAGAAUCUGACUCUGAGUCUCUCAAGGCGUCCGAAUCAAAUGUCGUUAAGCACAAAGUGACACCUUGCACACUCGACCUGUCUUACGAAGAGAGGCAAAACGUGAUCUUACACCCUUCCACCUUCCACACUAUGCCUCCCCAUUCAUCUUCAUCCCCGCCUACCUUGAAACCUCCUUCCCAACUUGCUCCGUCAUCUACCUCCGACACCCUACUGCACGCCCAGGAUACUCGGAAAUCCCUACGCCAUAUGACGCCGAUGGAUAUGUGGUGCGGUUCGCUUGGGAGCGGUAUACGAGAGUGAGGCUUCGGAUCAGGAGUAAGAGUCAGUUGGCGAGGAUGCCUGAGAAUCGGAAGAGUGUAGAGGAGUUACAGGCGCAGUGAUUACGAGCUGUGUUUGGUGGUGGUAUAUUGAGUAUGCGUGUGUUGAGCUCGUGAUUAAGGUAUCAACAUGCGCGGCUGUCUAUCUGUCGAGUCUAGAGCUAUGGACGAUGGCGUCAAAUGUGCACGCAUCCUGCGUCUUCCCAGCUGAAUGAAAUUUGAGCGCAGGAUAAUACCAUGAAUCCAUAUUCAUCUCCUCAUGCUGUUCUGAGCAACAUUUACCUUUUGUCCGAGAUAUUUGGGUAUCUCUAUCCUGAACGUCCUUCACUCCGGCGCUCCGAACGUGGCCAACACGAUCCCAUCCUUUUUCAUCCUCUUGCAAACCUUGCGAGCGUUUGCAAGACAUUUUACGACCCAGCAUUGGACGUUUUAUGGGAACGACAGGAUAAUAUGAGUCCAACAUUAUCGCUCCUACCGCAGCUUGCUCCGGGUUAUUCUAUCUCGAAUGCCCACUUGGCACGCUUCGAAACAUACACUAAGCGUGUCAGGCACUUUUCUCUUGAGUAUCCCCAUGGCCCAUCUGGCCUAAACAUAUUACUUCGCCUUCACAAGGGUCGACCGCUCUUUCCAUCUCUACGUCGUUUAAUUGUCUACAACUGGCCAAUCACACCAACCGAAAGUGCACUUCUGUUCUGUUCAACUCUUCAAGAUGUUCUCUUACAGAGAGCAGAGUCACGGUUCAGACACGAUCACUUCGGCCCAUGUAGUCCAUUAGCACUGCGACAGCAAAAUGAAAUGUGUCUUCGGUCACUUGGCACACGAUCGCCAGACCUCCGAAGGUUUACUUUUGAGAUCUCUGUUCUCACACACAUUUCUAUGCUUGAUUCCAUUCUCGCCGCGCUGCAUACCGUCCGGACGGCGAUCUCGAUUGAACUUGAACUUGAUCAAUUCUCCCCGGAUAGGCGAUGGAUUUGGCUGCAGAAGCUGUCAGGGAUGGAGAAUCUCCAUAGUCUUCAUCUCCACAUCCAGCAAUUUUUCAAGCACGAUAUGGCCCAUUUGUUGCCAAAUGCUUUCCCUUCUCUCCGCACACUCAGAGUAGCUGGCCAGAGCCAGGCAUGGUCGCAGUUCUUCAGUCAUAUCUCUUCCCCUUCCCUAAAGGACAUAUCCCUCAGUGAUACACAGUCUUGGCUCACCAAGGAGGAUCACUACUUCCUUCAUCAAUGGGUAGACACUCUGGCAAGACAUCGAGCACUUGAAGGAGUUUCCAUCCAUAAUUUGUAUGAGACCAGCACACAUAUUUCCACUCAUAAAGGCUUAUCCUUGUGGACAAUUGUUGAGCCUUUAUUACAACUUCAUCAGCUGAAGAGACUGGUCAUAGAUUCAGGUCAAGAUGUAACUGUGACCCUCUCUGAUGACAAGGUGAUCCGUAUGGCUACUGCAUGGCCUGGCCUUCAAUCUUUGCACCUUCCCCAGGAUACAUGGAGUUUCCCUUGUCCAACAGUUGGAUCCCUUAUAGAGCUUGCUUCACAUUGCCCUCAGUUGAGAGCAUUGUCUUUGGGGGUCGAUUUCACCAACCUUCCUGAUGUACAUGCAGUAGCUCAUAUGCGCCAUCGCCUAGACCAUUUGGCAUGCCCUCCAUAUAACCAGAUGGAUGUGAGGGCGGAGAGGAAAGUGGCAGGUAUUCUAGAUCAUGUAUUUCCAUUCUUGACCAAGAUAUACCCACCAUUCAAGGUUCUAUCAAGAGAUGUUGACAAGGCGAGGAUGAAUGCCAAUUUGAAGCUGGUGGAUUGAGGGCAUCGACGGGCAUCCUUUGUGACAUGGUCAUCAAUGCGAAGGAAAACCAGCAUUCAAGUUUGUUUCGGGCUAUGUUAUGGUCGACUGCAGUGAUAUGGAUAACAAUGGGGAGUCGUGCAGGAUUUGCCUCUAGUCGCCCACCGAAUUGCUUUUUCCUCUUUCGUAUCCGUCACGGGAGUCUUGAAUAGCCUGGAGGAGUUCAUUUUUGGGUACGUGCUGGUCGUGGGGGCCCUGUCUGCCUGAUGAUGUUGGUAGGUUUCUUUUGGGGGGAUGCUACAGGGCGGAUCGAGGAAGAACGCGCUACUGAUUAUACGUACAUGCCGAUGCUCAAUACGUCUCUACCCGGUAGUCCUACCAAAUAUGCAGGAAUAAAUGGUUACGCUAG